GAAGUAACCAUAGUAAUAGAUGUCCUUUUGAUAUCAUUGUUAGUUCAAAGCAGUUUUUAUCGUUAAUUUUCGUCAAUUUUUUAUAUUAAUUUUAACCGUCGUAAUCUUUUGUAACGCUUUCUUAAAUAGCAAAUUAUGGAUCGUGAUAAAUUUGAUUCUUUGCUGAAAUGGCUAUUAUUGGAAAAAUUUGAUCCCUCGCCGACUUAUAUUGCAGAUAAAGGCUACUUACCUGAACCAUUGUUGAUCCCAGGUUAUUCUUCUUUCUCUUCUUACAUUAUCUUUCAAAAAACUGAAUAUGUGCCUGUUGAAACUGAUGAUUCUUUCACCAAACUACGAAACUUUCAAAAAGAGCUAUUGUCACCUAAAAAUCUGGAGAUUUUGACAAUCCUUGAAUCUGUUAUUACAUCAGUUGAAUAUAGUCUGGUUAACAGUAAGAUAAAGAAUUUUGGCUCGAGUCCAUUCAAUUCAUUCAACUUUAACAAAAAUAAGAAGCAAGCAUCUUUACAAAUUUUGGUCAAUCCAAAGCAAAGUAUCGUUGAAAUUUUGGAAACUUUAUUGGUUCCUAAUAUUGGUAUUGUUGAUAAUUUUGAAUUUUUCGUUCGCCCAAACUAUCCUGAUGCCUAUCUAGCCUAUUGGUUGAUAUGUAAAGCUAUCAAAGAUUCUAAUCUGGCCGGAGUCUCUAUUAAAUUAUUCAAUGAAACUUGUCCAAUACCUGAUCUCAUACAGAAGAAGUCUAUAGUCUAUCCACCAACUUUAGCAGUUGUUAUGGACGAUGCUGAUGUCUUUUCAUCUGUCGAUAGAUUGAUCGACCUGCUAAGCAACCUACCUAUUGUCCAUCGCAAAGUUGAUAUUUGGGUCCAGCAGAGUGUCAAGAAAAAAUUUGCUGACAAGUUUAUAGUGAAAGCAUCAAAGUCACAAGCUCAUAAGAGCAUUUCUUCAAUAAUUCAGGCUGAUGCAAUCAAUCCGAUUCUUAUCGCAAGUUGUGACCCAAAUGAUGUUUUCAUAAAUUUAUUAACUUUUCGCAAAGUCGAUGAACUGUUGGCCUUAAUAAAUCGUUACCAGUUGGUUCGUGAAUUGAGCAUUUGGACUUCCAACAUUUCAUUCUCAUUGGAGUUGAUAAAAGGAAUAAAAACUAGUCGAUUAUUUACCGUCAACACAAUCAAUGACUUUUAUCUGUCUGGCCAUUGCAACUAUUUAUAUUUUUCAAACACGCCUUAUCAGCUAACAACUGAUUUUGAAUCAGAUUUCUCUAGUGUGGUGCAAAUCAGCUCAGUCAUCGACAAUUUAAAAAACUUUGAUUUCAAGAGAGCACUGGAUAUUAGUCACAAGGCAACAUCCUCUAAUGAGGCAGAUCUUUUUUCAACAUUGGUUUCCAAUUCAUCCCAGGGUAAAAGUGAUUUUAAAAAUCUGAUUAGUCUGGUUAAGGCGAAUCAAUCUACUUUCCAAUGCAUAAACAAAUGUCUGAUGCUACGCCAGUUGAUACCAAUCGGAGUUGUUUUUAUUCAUUUAGAUGAAAAAAGUAAAGAGUAUGGAGAUAACUGGUUUCUAACUUUAAUUGCUUCUAUAAUACUUAACGGCAAUUGCUGUGUUAUAGUCAACUCUCAGGCGGAAACUGAUAUUCCUGAUAUUGAAUUGUUGAAAUCGACCUUUGGGUCAAAGCUUAUCCUUACGUCUACCAAUGUCAAAUCAAUACCAAAGGGAUGGCUUUAUAAAGACUCUCAGCUAGUUGGAUUGUCCUUUGAUGCACAAACCCUGUACAAUUUAGUCAAUCCUCACAAUUUAUCACAUAUUUUUGGUACUGUUCGGUCUAUCUUCUUUCCAAUUGCAGAUCAAAUCAGUUUAGUUCCAUCAACACCCAGUCAAUAUUGAAGAUAAAUGAUUAUUUUGUCCCAAAUUAUUCUGGAAAAUAUUCAUGUUUGGUACAAGACAAGACAGGUAAUCCAAGAGCAUGUAUUGAUAUACACAAAUGAAUCAUUGAUUUGGUAGCCAUGAAAUGCAUCAAGAUGAAUUAAUAACAAAUUAUUCAAAAAGUGUUGCUGCUGUUAACGGUCUUGAAACAAUCAAUUUAUACCAAUCAUUCCGAUGAAACCUUUAUUUUUUUAUUCACCAUUUGCCUGAUUUCAUCCGAUGUGACUAUUUAUUGUUGCAAUUCAUAAUUAACCAAAGUAACAAUCAUUGUGGAUAUUUGUAACUUGAAGUCUUCUAUCUUAUACAAAGUGUUACAUCAUUUUCUGAUCUUAUAUUUGCUCUGGAAUUAUGGUUUAUCAGCAAAAUUCAUUUGUUUCAAGAGUUUAUCUAAUAUUAGUCUACACAAUUAUCUCACCACUCAUCAUUAGACCUGUUUAUUUACAAACUCCGUCUCCCUCUUGUGGAUCGCAAGAAGCAUAUUACGCCAAUUCGCAAGACUGUAGAUCAUAUUAUUAUUGCUGGAACAACGAAGUUUACCUUCAGUACUGUCCCAAUGGAUUAUACUUUCAUCUAGCUGGACGAACCUGUGAACCAGCCGGAGUUGCUGACUGUGGUGGCUAUUCAGGCAAUGGAGGUUUUUCAAGUACUACAACCAGGAAACCUGGUCUUUUCGGUCCAUCUUUAUGUACAAAGAUUUGUAGUGAUCCAGAUUUGGCCAAAAAGUCUCCGGUCAAAGGAGUCUUCUAUACAUUCUGCCAAUGCACUGACAUCAGUACAACGCCGAUUCCAAACUAUGCCGCUUCAGUACCAUUAACAACUCCACAGCCCAACGUCUUCAGUAUCAUCACUAAUUUUAUCAACUCUAUCUUUCCAGGAACUCGUUAACCAAGAUAAAUCUAAAUGUAUCCUUUUGUACCUUAAGAUAUAAACCUUAUAUGCUGACUCAUA